GAGAUGGUGAUAGUAGGACGCGCUUCUCAAGAUGGCGGCGCCCAUGUUGUUUUUCGUACACUGCCGGACUAGUAGAGACUAGCCCUAGGAAAGCUAUUAGAACUUCUCGGCCGUGGGGAAGAUGCUGCGCGCCUCGCUCCGAGAGAUUUCUGCAGCAUUAAAGGAAGGCCAAGUGAGUCCAAUACAGCUCUGUCAAAAAUGUCUGACCUUAAUCAAAGAUACCAGAUUUCUUAAUGCUUAUAUUACUAUAGCAGAAAACACAGCAUUAAAGCAGGCUGAAGCAUCUGAAGAAAGAUACAGAAAAGGGCAGAGGCUGGGAGAUUUAGAUGGAAUUCCUAUUGCAGUGAAAGACAACUUCAGUACGACGGGUAUUGAAACCACGUGCGCAUCCAAUAUGUUAAAAGGUUAUAUACCCCCUUACAAUGCAACAGUAGUUCAGAAACUGCUGGAUCAAGGAGCUGUACUGAUUGGAAAAACAAAUCUAGAUGAAUUUGCUAUGGGGUCUGGAAGUACUGAUGGGGCAUUUGGACCAGUGAGGAACCCCUGGAGUUAUUCUCGGCAAUACAGAAAAAAGCGUAUGCGAAACUCCAGCCUGCCAAAUGAAGAGCUCAGCUGGCUGAUAGCAGGCGGGAGCUCUGGAGGCAGUGCAGCUGCAGUAUCAUCUUUCACAUGCUUUGCGGCACUGGGAUCUGAUUCUGGGGGGUCAACGAGGAAUCCAGCCUCUCUCUGUGGAGUUGUUGGUUUGAAGCCAACAUACGGCUUAAUUUCUCGUCAUGGCCUCAUUCCACUUGUGAAUUCUAUGGAUGUGCCAGGCAUUUUGACUAGAUGUGUGGAUGAUGCAGCAACUGUGUUGGGAGUACUCGGUGGGCAUGAUCCAAAAGACUCAACCACGGUACAGGACCCCUUUCAUCCAUUCCAACUACCCAGUAUUUUGGAUGCCAGUCAUCUCUGCAUAGGCAUACCAAAGGAAUAUAAUGCACCAGGAUUAUCAAGUGAAACGCUGGCAGUGUGGUCUAAGGCAGCUGACCUCUUUGAGAAAGCAGGCGCCAAAGUCAUUGAAGUCAGUCUGCCCCAUACUUGUUACUCAAUUGUCUGUUACCAUGUGCUGUGCGCAUCUGAAGUAGCAUCAAACAUGGCCCGAUUUGAUGGUCUGGAGUAUGGGCAUCGGAGCAGUGCUGACAAGUCCACUGAAGCCUUGUAUGCAGCAACACGCCGGGAAGGCUUUAAUGAUGUUGUAAGGGGGCGAAUUCUAUCAGGCAACUAUUUCUUGCUAAAACAGAAUUACGAGACCUAUUUUGUUAAAGCCCAAAAAGUGAGAAGACUCAUUGCUACUGAUUUUGCGAAAGUCUUCAGUUCUGGUGUUGAUGUUCUGCUCACUCCGACUACUCUCAGCGACAGUGUGCCAUAUGUGGAAUUCAUCAAAGAAGAUAAUAGAACUCGCAGCGCCCAGGAUGACCUUUUCACUCAAGCUGCUAACAUGGCUGGGCUACCAGCCAUAACCAUUCCUGCAGAACUCUCUAAAAGAGGCUUGCCGAUUGGGCUGCAGUUUAUCGGUCGUGCAUUCUGUGAGCUGCAGCUUCUCACUGUAGCUAAGUGGCUUGAAGAGCAAGUGCAAUUCCCUGUGAUUCAGCUACAGGAGAUAAUGGACCAUGUUGAUGCUGUCUCUCAAGAGGAAAAAUCAGCAUCUUUUCCCUGAUCUAUGACUGGAAAUUACUGCUUUUACAGAUUCUGGAGUAGCUUACAUAUGUGUUCAAAGAUUCAAGAAUACCAUUUCUGUAUCAAAGAGACUCUAAUUCAAGAAGUGAAGACAUUAAAAUGGAAUGUAGAGAGAAAUUGACAGAAGCCUUUAAAGUGCAAUUAAGUUUGUAUGAGGCUUGGAACACUAAAUACAAUAUUUAUUCAAAUGCAAAACUAGUUUUUCCCCCCAGCUAUGGCAGCAAAAGAAAGAGGGGGAAUCUUAAAUCUGUGUACAAGUGUCAGUAGCCCAAUAAUAAAAAUCUUUUUUUUUUUGGUAUAA